CAGACACAGGAGUAAGCAAACGAUUGUAUGGAGUAGUUUGGACUCCAGUUUACAGGGACAGCACGAUAGUUUUAGCUGGACGAGUCAGAGACUAGAAGAGGUGACUACGAGCAAACGUUAAGGUAAAACGCUAAGUAGAGUAUUGACAUCAGUUUUCAUUCGCGGAAUAUGGAACUGUACUUGUACGUGAUGCUGGUCCUACUUUGGCCUCUCUGCACACAUCAAGAAGGAGGCUGUCCGCCAGAAUUUCUACCGUUGCUUGGCCACUGUUACAAGAUGUUGGCAGGUGCCUACACUGGAGUUGAUGCCGUAAGCCAGUGCCAGAGUCUUGGUGCACAGAUCACUUCAUCCAAAACUGAGGCUGAAAACGCCCUCUUGCUUGACCUUAGAUCCAACGCAUCGAGAGGUGGAGAAAGGUUGUGGCUCGGCCUGAAUGACUCCGCUGUGGGUAAUGAAUGGCGCUGGAUGGAUGACAACUCCUUGGUGGAUACCUAUCCCACUUCGCAUCACUGGAGAAGCACAACUAAAUCAGAAGUUCCGCCGUACAACAACCUUCAGUGUGCAUGGAUAAUAGGAGAUAACAAGCAGCGCUUGUGGAGUCACACCAAGUGCAGUAAUCAUCGAGCCAUUACAGUUUGCAAGAUAUAUCUUGCUGCAAAUACAGAUUCAAUGAUCGACAAGACAACUUCUAUGAAGAAUGAACUUUCAACAGUACAAGACAUGCUGACUAUGGGUUUGUCAAUGCCAACAAGUACAGUCCACUAUGAGUCUGCAUCGUCUUCCAAACUAGAGGGAAUAUUGUCAAGUCAUAUAAGCAGUAGACCAACGCAGUUGUUCAUGUUCACGGCUACAACAACAUUACAGUCUCCAUUAUUUGUAGAAGAGGAUGACGUGUCAAGUGACAAACUCACUACGUUCAUGUCAUUGGCAACACCAUCUCAAACAAUAACCAACAACCCAGUGACCACGCCAUCUCAACUCUCAGCAACAACAUCAACUGUAUUCACGGUGCCUGUUCCAUCCUCUGCUCUAGAUCUGGCUGCUGAUGUGUCAACGUCAACUGAGCCAGUACUGAUACGGACAGAAACAUCCCAGCUGUCUACGCUUUCACAUCCAACUAGGCAUACGCAAGUGUCCAUUCAAACGCUAAGUCAAACAUUUAUGGAUGCACACAUGCAAACACAAAUAAAAGCGACUCAUACCCAAGCUUCCGUUACUAUAAUAACAUCUACAUCUACAGCAUCUCAGAAUUGUCUGUGCCAUUGCAAGACUAUACCCCUGCCAGAGGUAUUGGUAAGCUUGCAGGAGAAGUAUUCGGCAUUGGUUCUGGAAACGUCUGCAUUGUCUUCGUAUGUGAGAAAGAAAAUGAGUAUUCCCGACUAUCGAGUUUCAUCAAACUGUAUCGGGGUGAGUGGACUUCUUGUCUGUUUUGUGCCACUUUUGAUUGUAUUUUUCGCAGAUCUAAUGACGUGUUUAAAAGGAAGAUAAGACGACAAACCACAACGAUAAAUGGCGACUAUGCUUGUAAGUAAGAGGCGACUAAUGGGAUCAGGUGGUCAGGCUCGCUGAUUUGGUUGAUGCAUGUCAUCGAUGCUCAUGCUAUCGAUCACUUAAUUGUCUGGGCCAGACUCGAUUAUUUACAGACCGCCAUCAUAUAGCUGAAUAAUGCUGAGUGUGGUGUUAAACAACAAACCAACAGACCGUCUUCUUAUACAAGUGGUAUCAUAUUUAGCUUUUUUGAAAACUAACGUUAUAUUGUUUGUGUACUGAAAUAUAUACAGCUAUGACAAUAUACUGCAAAACACUUCUCAACAAAGACCAGACUAGCUUGAUGCAAUCGUAACAAGUAUUGUUGUUGACAAAAGAAGUGUUAAAGUAACUACAUCCUCCCAAAAUCAUAAGAAGUCUCUGCUACAAGCAGAGGCUAUUAUACGAUUCCCAAAAUAUAACAAUCUUGUGUUUAAGAAUCACUGGCUUAAACGUUGUCACCCUUAUCACAUAACGUUUGAGCAGAAGAUGUAUGGAUAUUUCGACAAAAGACCAUGGUCGUUUAUACAUGAACAGUAUGAAAUGUAGACACCAUAGACUGCAGCAGCUGAAAUAUUGAUCAGCAUAGAUGGAAAGUUGAUUAUUGGAAAGUGGAAGUCCUGUGGAUAGUAUUUUGCCACUCUGAUUAAUGAAUAAAUCUGAAUAUGUAGCAGGCGAGGCACUUUCAUUGGUCUCUUUUACUUCUAACUCUGUUUGGUAAAUCAAAAAUUGUAUAUUUGGCCCAUUUUGAAUGAUGUCAGAUCAAACAUGUUUUGACAUAAUUGAACUUGGUUCUUUUCUGAGACUGAAGAGAUUAAAAACAAUCAUUUGAGUUUCUGAGAAUCCACAAUAUAUCAAUUACAAUUGUAUCGAAAACUUUCUGUGACAUUAAAGAAAGCCCUCCUUGAAUGUAUUAAAGAUUAUUGUUAAUCACUGAGGUAAUAGAGAAUGAUUAUUCUUCGUUGUUGUUGUUGUUGUUGUUGUUGAUGUUGUUGACGUUUUAUAUUUAUAUGAAUUCAUGCUUUGUCUGUGAUGCUGCAUUGACAAAUAUGUACAUUUAUUCGGGCUUGUCAAAUGUGUAAAAAUGUAUAUGAUUUCAACAUUGUAUAUGAAUACCAGCAAUAUCAAAGCUGUACACAUUCAUCAGCAUACCCGUGAAGAUCCGGGGUAGAAUAGGUCUUCAGCAACCCAAGCUUUCCGUAAA